AUGUCUGAUAAUAGUGGAUUAAGUUAUAAAAUAAUUAAUGAUGAAAGCGUGAUAAAAUUUAUCAAUAGUCCUAUAUACAAUGAAAUUAUUGAUUUUAUUUCGAAUUUAAAUAAAUCAGUUGUAGCAAUAGAAAUGAGACCUUUAGAAAAUUUUAAAUUAGCAAAUGAAAAUAAAAAAAGUAGCGAUGAUUUCUUACUAUUAUCAAGAAAUGUUUAUAAUAUUUUUCAACUUGUAAAAAAUAUGAAUAAAUGUAUUGAUUCUUGUCCUCCUGUCAAACAAUCUUCUCGUUUUGGGAAUAAAGGAUUCCAAAAUUUUUGUGAUGAAUACUAUAAAGAAAUUGAUGAUAAUUUACCUCAAAUUUUAAGUGAAUCUAAUAUUCCCAAUAUAUCUGAACAUAUUUUUCAAUUAGCACAUUAUUUAAAAAAUUCUAUAGGAAACAAAAAUAGAAUAGAUUAUGGUACUGGUCAUGAAUUAAAUUUCUUACUAUUUCUUUUUUGUUUAAAUAAAUUAAAUUUUUUUAAUGUAUCAGAUUAUAAGCAUCUUGUUCUUGUUUUAUAUAGACAAUAUUUAGAGGGAGUAAGAAGAAUACAAGUAAUUUACACAGUAGAACCAGCAGGUAGUAGAGGUGCAUGGGGAUUAGAUGAUUUUCAAUUUCUUGUAUUUCUAUUUGGGGCAGCUCAACUAUCUUAUAAUAGAAAUAUUAAAACAGAUGAUAUUGAAAAAAGGGAAUUAGUAGAAUUAUGGGCUCCAAAAUAUUUAUAUUUUGAUGCUUUAAAAUAUAUAUCAAUGUUAAAACAUGCCCCUUUUCAUGAAUCCUCUCAAAUGUUGUAUAAUAUUUCUGGAGUUGAAACAUGGGAGAAAAUAUGUUCAGGAUUACUAAAAAUGUAUCAAGCUGAAAUUAUUCAAAAGCGUCAAAUAUUGCAGCACAUUUUAUUUGGAAAAUUAAUUGACUUUUAA